CCGACUCCCCCAGAUUGCCAAAUGGCCAACGGAUAAAUACUACUAACUGCCCCCCGCCCGGUACCUAUUUUCCUCCUUUUCAUUCUUUAGCAUUUCAGAUACCCUUUCGCCUUCCCUCGGAUAACUCCUUAUCUGCCCGUGUGACUCCGGCUUAAGUCAGCUUCUCCCAUCUCCCAACUCUUUCAUUGCCGAAAAAGCAAAGAAGCAAACAAUCCCCAACAACAACCACCGCCAAUAUGUUCGACUGGUUCAAGUCUUCCAACAAGGAGUCUGCUACCCAGCAGCCCACCUGGAACCCCAACACUAUGACCAUGCAGCAGCCUUCCGCCCCGGAAGCUCCCGUUACCGAGCAGGUCGUCACCGGUCAACCCGGCCAGCAAGAGACGAUGCAGAUGGGCCUGCGUGGUGGUGGUGAGGGCGAGGAUGUUUGCUGUGGCGUGUGCGCCGGUCUUUGCUGCUUCGAAUGCUGCGAAUGCUGCUGCUAG